CUUGAUUUAGACUGGGUAAUGAUGAUCAAAUCGCUGCUAUAUUCAGCGAUUCUUGUAGUGAAGCCUAAUAUUUGAAGCCUCAGAAAAUGAAAUUUCAAAACGAUGAUGGGCCUGACAACUCUGUGGCUGGGGGACAGGCCAGGAAAGCUGCUGGGGUACACCAAGGUAAUAUUUAGUAGGGUUCUUAUGUUUUUUUUGAAAUAUACAUGUUUAGGAUUUUUUAUCAUCAGUGCCUCUCAUUGUGAUGAGUUCAUACAUUAACAUAUGAUUUAUACAUAUGUUUCUAAUCAUGAGUAAAAAUUUGGUGGUGUUAUCUCUGUUGGUUGAGAUUUUAUGUCACUUUCAAAUUGGCAGGCAUGAAAAUCCUAAUCCUUAAUAAAUUAAUUAACGCUCAGUAGCUUUUAAAAAUAAUUAAAUAGCGCGCCAAUGAGUUAAGUAAUUUUAUGUGUCUAGCUGUCAAUUAUAUUUUUAAUCUCAUACUAUUAAUUACUUUGAUACUAAGUUCCAUUACAACUUUUGGUCCUUUCCCUUUGGCACUAAUGCUUAUAUAUUAGUAUAAAAAAUGUAAUUACAAAAGAGUGAGAUUUUUAGUGAGAACCAACACAACCAAACAAUCAGCAUGAACAACACAGAGCAACCACACUUAGACGAGAUGGUAGGAUAUCAAUCCCAAAAAGAAGACUAUGAUUCGUACGACGGGGACCUCAACGGCAGCCAGGCAGAUCCCAUCAACAACAUCAGAAGCAUACCAGACAGCCAACAGGACAACAAAACCCACACCCUAACCAAUGGCAGACCAAAAACCAAGGGUAGAACCAACACAAACACAUCCAGGAUAACGCCAUACCAAAUAUCAAAGAAACCAACUAACAUCAUGGAUACUCUAGGCCUCAAAUCACGAAGAACGCCAAACAAACUGCCUACAGCCAAAGCAGACAGAAUUGUGCUGGAGAACCUAAGAAAAGCAACCCACUGAGAGGCUCGCCACCAAGGAGCACUCAACAGCAUCAACAAUUCACCAGAGGGAAUACCCAAUGGCCUUAUCCCCAAGAUACCCUGCAACGUGCCGGAAAAAGACAAAUCCGACAUAGCAGAAGUGUUUGACACCAUACUGUACAAAU